ACUCUAGUGCGCAUGCGCUGCUGCGUCCCGGAAGUGUUGGUGCUGCCAGUCUGAAGUUUGUUUGUUUACAUCUGCUUUCGCGGGUUUUCUCUUCAGGCGAACUCAGGUGACGCUCCCGGUGUGACGUCAGCUGAACCGUCCUGUGCACGUGUUCACAGUCUCAGUGUGGUUGUGUGUUUUCUAACCCGCGCCUCCGGAGCACCGGAGAACCGGAGAACCGGAGCUCCGGAGCACCGGAGAACCGGAGCUCCAGUGACCCGGGCUGAAGCUGCCUCCUCCCGCCCACAUGUCCGGCUUCGACCUGGUCCCGGUGGACGGCGGGGCCCCGGUCCACCUGCCGCCGGGGGAGACGGUGCUGGGCAGGGGCCCCUUACUGGGGGUCAGUGACAAGAGAGUGUCCAGACAUCACGGGCUGCUGCAGAACCUGAGUGGACAGCUGCACGUCAAACCUACGCACCUGAACCCGUGCUUCAUUCAGUCGUCCCUCACUGACGACCCUCGACCUCUGAGAAAAGGUUCCUGGUUCCCUCUUCAGGACGGAGACUUCUUCUCUCUGCUGCCGGGGCACUUCAUCUACAAGGUGGUGGCUGUGGGGGCAGGAGAACACACUCCCAGAAACAAUCAGACGUUUGAAGAAGAAAAAAAAGAAGAGGAGGAACGUCCCAGUUCUCCCGAGCCAUAUGUUGAGCCGGCUCGUCCAAUAAGACUUGACCGUGGACAGACUCCGCCUCACAAGGAGCCAACGUCAGCAGCUUUGUCCAAUGAGGAGGGGGAGGAGGAGGGUCCCAACAGACGUUUAAAUCAGGAAGACCUCACGCUUCCAGAGGAAGAGGAUGAAGAACACCGUGCUGACUCUGUGAUGAAGAAGAGAGUUCUACCUGCGUGGAUGAUGGCAGCUGUCGCUGCUCCUCCCGGUUCGUCCUCCAGUCCCAAAGUUCAGUCGUCCGUGAAGAUAAGUAAAGCACCUGCAGCAGCCAAAUCUGAGGAGGUGGGGCUUAGUGAGGAGGGGGAGGAGCAUCCUAGGAAGAGGAGGAGGAAGGAUGUUGCCACAGUCCAUCAUCGGCGUGGCUCCAGCAGGACUGAGACGAGCAGCGAGUCUGACAGCUUUGCCAUGGAGGUGGGAGAGGAGGGAAGAGGAGGAGAGACAUCCACGGCGGUCCCCGCUGCCGCCACCACGCAGGCACUUGACAUCACUGAAUCCAAGAAGGAGGACAGGAAGUCGAAAGACGGACGACAGGGGACUAAACGAGCUGAGUCCGUCGGGUCGAACCGUGGAUCCUCGUCCGUCUCUGCUCGGCUCAGAAUGCCGUGUCCGUACGGGAAGGACUGCUACAGGAAGAACCCGGUACAUUUCCAGGAGUGCAGUCAUCCCGGUGACAGCGACUACGAGGAGGAGGAGGAGAACGAGGAGGAGGUGGUGGACCGACCCGAGUGCCCCUACGGCUCAGACUGCUACAGGUCAGACAUCACAGCGCUGUCCUUCCUGCUGAUGACAGGUAUUGGUUGAAAGGCAUGAUGGGAA